UCAAAUCUCCCAUCUUCACCGCUUCAGACGAAACUCCUCUGAAAAUUCAAGAAUUUCUCCGACCAAGCGAGAUGCCGAAGGAAAGCCGUAUAAUGUCGGUGACAAGCAACGGGACAAGAGUAUCGCCAUACCCGCUUCGAGCAUCAAGGACAAAGAAACAGAAAGCAGUCGAGUCGCCAAUUCAGACAGAAGGCGCAAGAGAAUGGGAGGAUGUCCGGUGUGUGAUCUGCAUGGAACCGCCACACAAUGCGGUCCUCUUGCAAUGCACUUCCUCCUACAAAGGAUGUCGUCCUUACAUGUGCGACACGAGUGCUCGCCACUCCAACUGUUUCAAGCAGUACCGUAGGAACAAAGGGAACCGCUUAGACACCAAGACCUUGAAAUGCCCUUUCUGCAGAGGAGAGGUUUUUGAGACUAUCAAGGUCUCCGGUGCAAGACGCUUCAUGAAUGCUAAACCGAGAUCUUGCUCUUUCGAGGAUUGUGACUUCUCGGGGACUUACUCUCAGCUUAACAAUCACUUGAAAACCGAUCAUCCUGGUUUCAUCCCAUUAAAGGUCGACCCACAGAAGCAAAUGAUGUGGGAACAGAUGCAGAGAGAUGCUGAAUACAUUGAACUCAUGACUGCUGCUGGUCUGCCUCAUAGUCCCCCCGAGCCUGUGCAUCGUCAUCAUCCUCCUCCUCAUCCUCAUCCGAUGCUUCAGCUCAGCCUUCAGAGUCUUAUUUCUGCUGCACCCCGUCAGGUAAGGAGCGGAUUUGGGGUCGCCACUCUCAUGCCCAGACUCGAGAUUCGAACCAUGACCAUGUUUCACGGUUGGAAUACUUGAAGAUUUUGCUGAAGAAACCUGUUUCAGAUCCCAAAAUUUUGAAUAUUCUUCAAAGUUUUGAUGUCUCAAUAGCUUUUUCUCUCGUCAGCUUGCAUCCAUAAUGUUAUAAAUAUCAUUCUUUACAACAGCGCUUUCGACACC